AUGUUCAAAAGACUGGUUAGACCAUUUCACCAUUCUGUUAGAGCAUGGAAUGUUGUCUCUACCGAGUCAGCUGCUCAAUACACUCCGAAAGUUCUCACAGAGGAGACGGAAGUCGCAGGUUCGAAUAGACCUCUGCCUCUGUCUGUGGAGCUGAACCACUAUGCACCACUAAAGAUCCCCGUAAAGCAUGGAGAAUUACGUGCUGAAAUCACUAUGCGAAGUUUUGACAAUAGAAACCUGGACUUCUUCUGUGACUUUGCCUUACGGGCAGGAUAUUAUCUUGGUCUGCCACUGACUGGUCCCAAACCAUUGGAAACCAGAAGGGAAAGGUGGACAGUGAUAAGGGCCCCUUUCGUUCAUGCUAAAUCUAAGGAGAAUUUUGAACGUAGGACGCAUGCAAGAUUGUUAAGAGUUUGGGACUCCAAUCCUGAGGUAGUGGAUAUCUGGUUGGCUGUUUUGAAUAAAUAUUCAGUGACAGGUGUUGGACUGAAGGCUCACAUGUACAUCGAAGAGGCAGUCGAUCCUGAUUUCUCUGCCUCUACGCCGACUAAAGAGGGAGAUAUUGACUCCACGGGACUAAACAUUGCACAGUUGACGUCAUCCGUUAACCCUGAAAUUGCAGCUCGUGUUGCUGAGUUGUUAAAAGACCCUGAAUUUGCUGUUCAUGUAGGCAAAGAUACUGAAACCAAGAAGCCUACAGAAACACCAGCUACUCCACCAGAAACUUCAUAA